GGAGAGGAGAGGAGAGGAGAGGAGAGGAGAGGAGAGGAGACGAGACGAGAGGAGAGAGAAAAGGCCACUAGCCUAUACCGUUGAGAUGCAUCCGGAGUUCUAUCCAGAUGGGGGAGUGACCUGAGGUCUGUCGUCACCGAUCACUAUAAAUACUGCAGCUGGGGCGCGGAGCGCAUGCUGUGGCCGAGCACAGAGAAACUGCGCGCUCUCAUACCGACACACCGUAUUCUCCCUUUUUCCUCCUCCUCCUCUCAGACACUUCCCAAACAAAGAGAAACACGCGAGGCGGAGGAACAGAGUGCAUCCGUCGGGAACCACCGAAUCCUCGUUGAUCAGAAAAACACACACCGAUACACUCUGACCCGAAUCAGUUGGAACCGAGAGGAGAUUGAUUGAUCAUGUGUAGUAACGGAGCAAGUAACGGGACCAGCGAUAUGCUUCAGAUCCAGUUUGGUUUGAUCAACUGUGGGAAUAAAUACCUAACCGCUGAAACGUUCGGUUUUAAAAUCAACGCGUCGGCCACGAGUUUGAAGAAGAAGCAGAUUUGGACUCUGGAGCAGAGCGGGGAAGAGGCUGCCGGUAAUGUGUUCUGUCUCAAGUCGCAUCUGGGUCGGUACAUAGCGGUGGAUAAAGACGGGAACGUUACCGGGGAUAGUGAGAGUUCUGGACCCGAGACCCGGUUCAUCAUCACGGCUCACGACGAUGGGAGAUGGUCUCUGCAGUCAGAGGUCCAUGGCAGAUAUCUGGGAGGCACAGAGGACAGGAUCAGCUGCUUUGCCCAGACUGCAUCAGUGGCUGAAAAAUGGAGUGUCCACAUUGCCAUGCAUCCUCAGGUGAACAUCUUCAGUGUGACCAGGAAGCGUUAUGCCCACCUGUCCUCCAAGGUGGAUGAGGUCUCUAUAGACCGCGACGUCCCGUGGGGGGUGGACUCCCUGAUCACCCUGGUGUUCAGAGACCAACGCUACCACCUGCAGACGUCUGAUAACCGCUUCCUGAAGAACGACGGCAGCCUGGAGGCCGCGCCGGACAAGACCACCGGAUACACGCUGGAGUUCCGCUCCGGCAAGGUGGCGUUCAGGGAUUGUUCCGGGCGCUACCUGGCGCCGUCGGGCCCGAGCGGGACCAUGAAGAGCGGGAAGACUAGCCGCGUGGGGAAGGAUGAGAUGUUCGCUCUGGAGCAGAGUCACCCUCAGGUGGUUCUCACCGCCGGCAACGAGAGGAACGUCUCCACCAGGCAAGGAAUGGACCUGUCAGCCAAUCAGGACGAGGAGGGAGACCAGGAAGUGUUCCAGGUGGAGAUGAGUCGUGAGAACAGGAAGUGUGCUUUCCGGACCGCCGCCGGGAAGUACUGGACCCUCACCUCUUCUGGAGGACUACAGUGUACCGCCUCCACUAAGACUGCCAACUGUUACUUUGACAUGGAGUACUGUGGUAAGAAGCUGACUCUCCGUGCCGCCAACGGGAAAUACGUCGCAGCCAAGAAGAACGGCCAGCUAGCCGCUACCGUCGACGUUGCCGGUGCGUCGGAGGAGUUCCUGAUGAAGCUGAUUAACCGUCCAAUCAUCGUCCUCCGUGGGGAACACGGUUUCAUCGGGUGUCGUAAGGUCACAGGAACCCUGGACUCCAACCGUUCCUCGUACGACUACUUUACCCUGACCUUCAGAGAGGGGACGUACAGUUUACAGGACUCGACGGGGAAGUUCUGGAUGGUGGGCAGCGAGGCGUCGGUGGUGAGCAGCAGUGACGACCCCGUCGACUUCCUGUUAGAGUUCUGCGACUACAACAAGGUCGCUAUCCGCUCCGUCGCCGACGGGAAGUAUCUCCACGGCGACCACGCCGGCGUCUUGAAGGCCAACGCCGACGACCUGGAGACUGCCACGCUCUGGGAGUACUGACCCCUUCCCGAGACCCCCGUUACUACGACAACGAAGCGGCAGCAUCCCUAACUCCUCCCUCUAUCCCUCCAUCUUUCUCUCAACUCUGUCCUAACCCCUCCCAGACCAGGGCUGUGUUCAGUGGGGUGAAAUGUUGCACGAUAUCGUAGAUGGGAGGGGGGGGGAAUGUAAAGACCUAGAGCUGAUCCCAUUAUCUGUUUUCACUUGAUAAUGAAUCCCGUCUCAUCUAAUCUACAUCAUACGUUUCUAUGUGACAUUCCACCGCUCUGAACAGGACCUUUUUUUUAACUGGACAAAGGAGGGAGAGAAAGAGCUGGGGGAGGUUAUGUCCUAAUGUAAGGCUUUCUUCACCUCUCUGUUUCUCUCUGCCUUUCCCUCCUUUUCCCUCAUUUUCUCUCUGCCUUUCCCUUUUCUCCCUCUUCUCUCUCUGCCUUUUUCUCUCUGCAUUUUUCUCUGCCUUUUUCUCUCUGCCUUUUCUCCUUUUCCCUCAUUUUCUCUCUACCUUUCCCUUUUCUCCCUCUUCUCUCUCUGCCUUUUUCUCUCUGCCUUUUUCUCUCUGCCUUUUUCUCUCUGCCUUUUUCUCUCUGCCUUUUUCUCUCUGCCUUUUUCUCUCUGCCUUUUUCUCUCUGCCUUUUUCUCUCUGCCUUUUUCUCUCUGCCUUUUUCUCUCUCUGCAUUUUUCUCUCUCUGCCUUUUUCUCUCACAGUUCCGUUCUGCUAACCCUAACACUUCUUCAACUGAACUCUCUCUCUAUUUCUCUAUUUGUAUCCAGGUGUCUGUCCCUGUGAUCUCUGUAUUCAACAACACAUGGUCAGUCAGUAUUUAUCAUGUAGGACCUGAUUUUUUGGCCAGGAUUCAAUCCCACAAUGCAAUGUUCACGGUAAACGCUGCAUAUGUCGGUUUAUUCUGAAAUGACCUUUUUUUUAUUUUCAAUGUCUAAAAGCAGUGAUGGUUUUGAAUCCUAAAUAGAACCAGGUUCUGUCUGGAACUAGAGGCUGGUCUCUGAGCGUUGGGUAAAAACUGGAAUGGAUUCUCACGCUGUUCUGGAAUGGGUUCAGUCCCUCAUCUCAUUAAUAUUGUAUCACAGGAAACGUUCCAAUGUAACCUAGAGGAAAUGAUGUCAUCCUCUAGCUGGGAGCUCAUUGGUGGAGAUUUUGAUCUCCCAGACAGGAAAUAACCUGUUUUUAUGUUGUUUUCAUGAAGGAAGUGUGUGUGUGUGUGUCCCUACAGCUGUCCAGAGCUCUGAUCUGGUGGGACGUUAACCUCUGACUGGAAGAAUUUCUCUAUAUUUUCUCUCUAAGGCACAGCGAUCAUCAUGGAGAAUGAUCUAUUGAUACAAACACCAUCUCUCACAUGACUUCCUGGUCUCUCACUCCUCCUCACAACUGGAAUCUGGUGCUUAAUCUCAUAACUCUCACGUAAAUGUGACCCACUGUGAUCUAGCCAGCGGUCAACGAUGUGGUGUAGUGGAUGGAUGGAUGGAAAGGUGUGUGUGACUGUUGGUUCACACAGGUGAGAGGUUAGACUGCCAUUGUAGUUCUGAUAAUGCCUGUGUCUGACUCAAGUGUUUCUGGGUAAUUUACUAAAAUGUAAAAAAUAUUCCAAACCAUUUUUUUUACUUUGAGAAACUGGAACUUUCCUUUUUGUUUAAUUUUUUUGGUGAUUAAUCUGUUGUGCCAUUGGUUCACCUGGAUGCCAACAACCAAUUAAAAACGGGGAUUUUGAACACUA